AUGCACCUCGAGAAUGGCCACACCACUCUUCCUGAGAACCAGCCCAACAAGCCCAAGAACCGCGGCACCAUCUACUUCUACGGCACCACUCAGCCCAAGGAUGAGGAGAAGCUCUUUGAUGUUCACCUCCGCUGGAACAAAGAGGGCACUGGUGGUGACAAGCGUGGCAAGCUCAUCUCCACUCGCAACUACGACGAUGGCCAGUGCUACCAACCCAACAAUGGUCAACUCAGCACUGGACGCUCCGCCGAACUCAAGCCCAAGGGCGCCGUGCAUGAGAAGGAACUUGCCUGCCAGUCUGACCUGAGGCUACCCACCGAUCUCAAGGUCGGCGACAUCUACACCGUCUAUUGGUAUUGGGACUGGCCCGACCUGAACAAGGACAACAUUGACAUGGAAGCUACCAAGAAUGGCAAGUUCCCCUGGGCCGGCACUUUCAUGCGUGGCGAGAAAGACCCCAAUGGCUUCACCAUGAACGCCAUCGCGCGCAACGAGAGCUAUUCGAGCGUCCUUGACAUCAAGAUCACUGCCCCUGCGGGUGUCGCUGCUAAGGAUCAAAACAUCCUGGAAUACGUCGACAACCAGAACGUUUACUCUGCCGGUAUCGAGGAGCAGAUGAAGUCCAACUUUCAAGUCGACGUUGAUGGCGGCAAGGGUGACGAUAUGCCUGUUCCCUCGGCUCCUUCAGCUCCUUCAGACCCUUCAACCCCUUUGUCCCCUUCGUCCCCUGCUCUCCCGACUGCUACCGCACCAGUCGACGGAGGAGCUGGCAAUGGCGGCGAUGUCGCUACCGUGACCGUCACAGCGACAGUCAAGCCUUCUCCUAUCAUCAGCACUGUAUAUGUCACUGUCCCUUCCGAGUCUCUUACUGCAGUUGUCCCUGAGCCCGUUGAUGGCGACACCAGCACCAAGACUAUCACGACUACAGCUCUUGUCACCAAGAGCAAGAACCCAUCUGAUGCUGAGCCUACCCCACCUACAGCUUCGACUGUUUAUGAGACUCUCUAUACUACGCGGCCCAAGGAACAGCCCACUGGAGGUGAUCAGCCGCAACAGCCGCAGCCCUCCACGGUCAUCAAGACUAUUGUCACGCAUAUAAAUACACCCUCAUCAAGCGGAGAGGCCAACACUCCUCCCGCUCAAACCACGGUUCCCGGCGGCGAGUUCCGCGAGGCCCCCCCUGCCAAUGGAGGAGCUCCGGCUCAGACCCAGAGUGAUGGCCCUCCCAUCCCCACGCCAUUCCUCCGCCGCCGUCAGAACUGGGUCUUUGGCAACUACUAG